AAAUAUAUUUGUAAUAAUGCAGAAAUAUGAAAAGCUUGAAAAAAUCGGCGAAGGAACCUAUGGAACAGUAUUUAAAGCAAAAAACAAAGAAACUCAUGAAAUAGUCGCCCUCAAACGAGUAAGAUUAGACGACGACGACGAAGGAGUUCCAUCCUCCGCUUUACGCGAAAUUUGUUUGCUCAAAGAAUUAAAACACAAGAAUAUAGUGAGAUUAUACGACGUACUGCACAGUGAGAAGAAGCUGACCCUAGUAUUCGAGCACUGCGAUCAAGAUUUAAAGAAGUACUUCGAUAGCUUAAAUGGAGAUAUCGAUUUGGACGUAGUUAAAUCGUUUAUGUAUCAAUUAUUACGGGGUCUCGCCUUCUGUCACAGUCACAAUGUGCUGCAUCGUGAUCUCAAGCCACAGAACUUAUUAAUAAACAAGAAUGGCGAAUUAAAAUUAGCCGACUUUGGUUUAGCCAGAGCUUUUGGUAUACCAGUGAAGUGUUACUCUGCGGAGGUGGUUACGCUUUGGUACAGACCACCUGACGUCUUAUUUGGCGCCAAGUUAUACACCACAAGCAUUGAUAUGUGGUCCGCUGGAUGUAUUUUUGCAGAGUUGGCUAAUUCGGGGAGACCACUCUUCCCUGGUUCUGAUGUUGAUGAUCAAUUGAAAAGGAUCUUUAAGUUACUUGGUACUCCAAAUGAAGACACUUGGCCAGGAGUGACUCAACUGCCAGAUUAUAAACCACUGCCCGUGUACCAACCGAGCUUGGGCUUAGCCCAGGUGGUCCCAAGGUUGUCUGCUAGGGGCCGAGACCUGCUGGCCCGUCUCCUCACCUGCAACCCCGCUUUACGGAUGCCAGCUGAUGAUGCGAUGGCACAUGCAUACUUCCACGACUUGAAUCCGUCGGUGAAGAACGACCGAUGUUAACAGUCAAUACACCCUUACCGGUGUACCUCCGAACUUCUGUUCAGUGAUAAGAAACAAGACAGUGAUGAGGUGCAGCAGUGUGACGAACAGUCUAAUCAAUUGUAGUUGUACCUAGUAAUAGGUAUAAAAUGGCAUAGAUUGUGCUAGAUAUAGUGCAACCGUCAAUAGUAUGGUUCCAAUAAGUAGGCUCUAGACCAGAGGCUCCCAAACUCCUUUGUUUCGUGGCCCACUAUUACGGUGUUGCUGCAUACUGUGGACCCCCUAAAGCACCCUCUCCCCCUACAAUUGCAGCAUGCUACUGAUCACAAAAUUAUUAUCAAAAGCGCCAAGUUAGGCUAGGGGCAUCAUAUUUUGAAAUAUGCGUGUCAGGAUUACAAAUAAAAUUAUUAUUUGGUGGCACGUCUAUGACAUAUUAGAGAUUAUUUAGAAAAGUGGCACAUUGAUAAGGCAGGGUUAGCCAUCCCUGGUCUAUGCUUUCUAAUAAGAGAAAUCAAGCCUACACAAAAGUUCUUCACUGCUAACCAAGUUAAUUUACAUGCCUACAAUUAUUGUGGACCUCCAUUUUUUGUCAGGAGCAAUGUAGACCCCCGUCUAGUCUCGUGUGGACCCCUGGAGGUCCACCUGGACUACUUUGGGAAUCACUGCUCUAGACUCUAAAUUGUUUAGGGAAAAACAAACUAAAUUUUGGUAUUAAGUGCAUUUUUCAUAAAACCAUCGAGACCUGUAACUAUGCUAUUGAUGGCAAAAUGUAGAACUAAGUGUUUUGUAAGGGUCAGUUUAUAUAGUAAGGGCUACUAUACUUGAAAUUGUUUUAAGAGUUCAAAAUUGAGCUGUAUAAGAGCUUCAAUAACUUCAUGCAUUGUUGUGAAUCUGUGUGACCUGAACAUAAGAUAGUAGUUUAGGGUUUGCAGUUUUUAUAAUCAGGAUUGCAUUUCUAUUUAUAGUAUAAUAACAAAUAGACUAACUAUACAUAAGAACAGUAAUUUAUUCUAAUUGUUUUAUUGUGUAAAUAAUUAUAUGCAUUUUAGACUAAUUUAAAAAUAUUAUAUGUACAUUUGGUUAAGCAUUGUUUGGGUUAGAGUAUAUAUUUUUUUGCAUAUUAUAACUUUCUUGUUUUAUAAAUGUAUAGAAAAUAAUAUUAUUUUCAUGUUUUGCUCUAAGCUUAGUCAAGGUUAAGUAGUACAAAUUUAUGAGAAGCAGGUACCAAAUUAAAAUUGAAUUUGCAAUAUCUAAGUGCACAGACGUGCGCGGGCCAAGUUCCAGCAAUAGGCCAUGUGCAUACCAUGCACUAUAUAUAUUUUAUUUACAUCAAGUUUAGAAUUGAUGAAGCAAGAUGAGUGUAUGUGCCAAUUUCACAAGUUUUGAAGUUAUUCAUUGAAUAUUAUUGUCUUGUUUCUUUCUCUCUCCUAUAUAUUGUAAUAGAAUAGAAGACAUAA